AAAAGUGACUCAUCUAACUCAAAGUGAUUGAUUGUUAAACGAUAUUGAUAGUGAUUUUGAUAAUGUGAUUGUUGAGUAGGCAAAGAGAACGAAUUUUCAUUGAAUCGCUCAUUAUUUGUGUGAUAUAAGUAACAUUACGUGUACCUUUUGUUGACGAAGGAAUUAUUAACUACAAUAACCCAUAAUUACGAUUCGGGUAACCCCCAAGCUUGUGUCAUUUUCUUUCUUGGAUUGGCCAGUGUUUUCUUUCUAUUUCUUGUUAGUACCUGUAAUGGUGUUAGCGUUGUGCAAUUUGGACUAGGCUUAUUCAGCAUAAGUGUAGAUAAUUUUUAGGCCCCUUAAAUUUCAGCGUAAUAAGUUAGCCUACUCCAACAUGACUGCAGAUAGUAGUGGUGUUGAAUGGGCAUCCAUUGUGAAACCUAUUCUUGCUGCAUCUUAUGGAUCAUUCAAUAAAAAUGAUGUCACCGAGCUUGUUAAAGCAAUUGUUAAAAGUGAACCCGAUUUGUUAAACCACGAAGAACAAUAUGAAACAUUCUACACAUCAUUUGCUGCCUUGGCUGCGGAUUACAUAAGUUCCAGCAUUAGCUCAGUAUGCAAGGGCCAGCUUGGUCUAGUGUGUUCGGCGGCCCGAGUGCUACUGCAGUAUCUACUGGGCCGUCUGCAGUCCCAUGUCAACUACGAGCCAGCUGCUCCCAACACUAUCACAGCCAAACACCUGCUACUGCCCAUCAAGGCACUGUGCACUGCCUCGGGCCAGUUGUGCCGCAACGAGCAGAUAGUUCUGACCAACCUGAUGAAGAACGCUAAACUUCCUCCUCAUAUCAAGACCUCACUGCCAGGUGAUAAGGAAGCAGCGACCUUGAAGGAAAGCAAGAGCAAGUCCAGAUCAGAUUUGUCGGCGAUGAUUGCUGAACAGCUGAUGACUCCACUGCAUGACUUUGCACCGCAAAAGGUCAUCGCUGCCGAGUCAGCUGAGACUAAGACUUCCGACUCAAACACGACCGAGACCCAUCAAGACACUGAGCUGAUUUUCACACAGAAGAGCACAGCUUGCCUGCAGUCCCUGAAUGCAGGUGAUAUCCUGGUAGAAAUGUGCAUGAACCUACCACAGUUGAUGCGCUACCGGAACAAGUUCACAUCGGCCAUCAACAAGAAAGGCUUCAGCCUUCCCUCGACUCAUGCUGAAGCUCUGCUAGUACGACACAGCUUGCAAGUGUUGGUGAACGACAUCAACAUGGUAUGGAAUGCGUUGUCACUGCCUGUGCUGGAGCCACUUACGGAUACCAAGAUGGAGAAACUGUCCACCAUCACCAUGUCUUGCCUGUAUGCCGCUGUGUCUAUAGCUACGGCUAACAGCAUACUGGGCAUUUCAUCUGCCAUCUCGCCCAAAACUGCCAUGUCCAGCAAUACUACAGCUCCCAUCCCAGCCAAGCCAGGAGAAGAAGAAUGCAACCUAGACGCCCUGGCUGUGUCUGUAGUAGAGAAGUCACUGGAAAUAUUCAACCUCAUAUCUAAUGUGUUCAAGAAUUCUACUCGCGCUGGCGGUCAUAUACUACAGAACCAUCUGUUGCUGGGUGUCUGGCUGCUGAUGACUGGUCUGCAGAGUCAACUGUCUACCUCCAGUUUACUGACAGACAAGGGCAGCAAGGAGGACAAGGGGAAGUCUCCCAGCAAGUCUAGGGACGGCAGCUCCCGUAUAAACCUCAUGAAAGUUCAGCAGGGUUUUGGAGUGUUGUCAGUGGCGUUGGCCUGUCGGGCCCUGACAAUGAUGUCUGCCUUGCUUGACGACCUACAGGUGGAGUGUAGUGAUGGGACGGGGCCUGAGCCUACCCCCGCCCAGCUACACAUUCUUACACCAGCCACUGCUCUGCAGAGAGCUGCCAGAAUACUCACGUCUGCCUCGCUCAACCAGUUCCUGUUCUAUCUGGCCACGGUCAGCUACAGAAAGGCUUGUACCCUGAAGCGCAUCCAGAAACAUCCCCCCGAGGGUGAUACGUUCAGCACGUCUGACUCAACCACGUAUUACGACGACGACAUCAUAAGCUGUUCAGAGGAGAGCUCUCCAGAUGAAGACGACGACAGCGAACCGCUGCUGGGGCUGUGGUUUGAGGAGACCAUCGCAGUCCCUGACACGAGCCACCAGACGCAGAGUGGCACAGAGGUGGCGGACCCUGCAGGAAAAAACAACACUUCCCCCGAGACUGGAGGCAGCAUAGUGCCUGAGAAGGGGGAGCCCAACGGGUACAUCUCCUUGGCAUCGCAGAUUUUCCAGUUUAUGAACAAGUACCUGUUGAACUCAGAGAGUCCGUACAUCCAGCGCUAUGUGGAGACAGGUCUGGCGGAACAGCAGAUGGUGAUUCUGGCGGCCAUCAUCAGGGAUCUGGACAGAGAGACUGCCCGCACUGAAACUGGUACAAUCUCCGUUUACUUUGGAGCGGUGCUGGGCGUGUUGUACAGUGAGUUCUCACAAGCCCUGACUCGUUACACACACAACUUGCUGGCUCGCACUUUGUUGUCAGACAGUCUGCAGACGACGCUGUUGCACCACCUGGGCAUCAGUCCUGUACAAACAGCUGAUACUAACAACAACGCCUGGCCUCUGCAGGUGUACCCUCGCACACUGGCAGUUCUGGCACAGAUUUUGUUGCUGAAGCCUCAAACAGAGAAAGAAACUUCUAUCAUCAAUAUUUGGAAUCGUCUCAUCCAUACUUUGGUAGAGAACAUUACCAACUACAAUCAAGCAUAUGAUGCUGACAAUGAAGACAUGAACGUGGAGCAUGCCCAACUGCUGCUCUUCCUGUUCCACUCUCUGAACUUGAUGCAGAAGAAGUCUGUUUUGCUGGCUUGUGCCAGUGGGAUCAUCAGGGUGGGGGAAAGCUCUGUCAGAGGUCUGAUGAGGGAGACACAACUGUUGUGUCUGUCUAGGCUGCUGCUGCUGUUUGAGUACAUGAUGAAACACCUGUAUGACGCUCCACCAGUCCUGCUCGAACAGGUCCAGUGGAACCUGUUCAACGCCACCAGCAUGGUGGGAGACACGGUGCAAGGGCGAGCACCUGCCAGGAUAUUCUGUGCAUGGAAGGAGAUUGAGGCCAACUACCGCAAGUUGGGUCCACAGGACGAGUUCUCCAUGAAGCCACGGUUCUACACCAUUGUCAAUGCCGAGCUAAACAAUCAGGAGCACCCUAAAUUGGAUGGACUGGCCUGCAAUUUCAUCAUGGGUUCAGCUGAGAAAGUGAAGUACCCGCUUCUGAUGGACGUUCUCAUUGAAAUUCUCAACAUCACAGAUCAGACGAUUCCGAGCAUCAAGUCGACAGAGAACAAAAUCAGCUUUACGGCUCUCACAGCUACACAAUACUGCUUCUCCAUCUGCUGGAGGUUGCUACUGCAGCUGCCGCCCUCUACUCCGUAUUUUGACAAGCUGGCGCUGGGUCAAGCCAUGCCUGCCAGUCCACUACUGUUGCACUCCUUGGUCUGGGGUCCGAGAGCAGGACACAAGUUCUUUACCAGCUGGAUGAAGGACAACCUGGUAAAGCAAGGCAUGUACACUCAGUACGCAGAGAAUCUACUGAAGAGUGUGGCAGACACAGUCAACAACCCCAGAUAUGAUGUAACUCUCGCCAAGAACUGCAUCAUGUCUCUGAUGCCUCAUACUCAAACUGAGGGAUGGCUGGUACCCAAAAGAGACUUACCCUCAGUAAUGGAGCUUUGUCUCAUGGACACUGUGAUUGCCAAGGUGCAAGUGUUGACCGAUGAUACACCUGCCCAUGCAUCUGCCACCGAAACUCCUGAUCUCAACAAGUCUUUUGACUUUGUAGAGCCCAGUCCUCACACUGAGUUGGCACAAGACUUGCUGCCCCAUGUUCUCCGUCUUACUGAAGUUAUUUUGGCCUGUAGCAGGACCAGUCUGAUGUACCAAAUCAACGAGAGCUCAGAGGCCAGCGGAGGCUACUCCCUGGGAGACUUCAUAGUGUUCCGUUGUGUUCUGGCUGUCUCGUCCUCGCGCAGUGUCAAGACACAGUCACUGUCCGCGGCGCUGACCGUGCUGCUGCCUACCAGCGUCAGAACUGCGCUGGACAAGUGGAACGCUAAUGCUGUCACUGACUUCCCCUCGAACACCUACGCCAAUGAUAUAAUCCCAGGAGAGAGUUAUGUGUUGGCUGUGGUCAACGCACACAUCUCUUCACUAUCCAGUCAGCAGACAUUCACAAUCAAUCCGUCUUUGAAACAUCUUCUACACUCUUUGGUCACCUUCAUCAGUGAACAUAUCAUGAAAUGUGACGAGACCAACGUGGUGAGACAGCAGGCAGUGCAGGUGUUAGCACCCCUGACACUCGACGCGUGCACAGAAUACCUGCAUGACAUUGCGUUGCGCACACUCGAGCGCACUGUGGGCGACCCUGAGACUGAGGCGCAUCAAGUGUGUGUCUACACCCUGGUGCUGCAGAACAUUUACACACUCAUCAUCAACUACACAGACGCUACCUCCAUCUGCAGUGACGCUGUCAACGAGAAGCUGCUGCAGGAGUGUUUGUCCUGGAUGGAAGGCUUGUUGGACAAGCCGAGCGGUCGUCAGGCGUUGGACCAGUUCUUUGACAACUCCAAACACGACCUGAUGCAGAUCCUGUUGUCCAUCGCGUCUCCUCGCACUUGUAAAUCCACCAUGUACAGCACCAAAGUGCUGCAGUUCUUCAACAAACUCUUCAAUGCUGCUGAGAAGAACGCAGGUGACGUCGCCCUAGAGCGACUGCGUGCCUCGGUACUCAACCUGGCCACAGUGGAGUCCAACCUGCUGCGUAACUGGCUGCGACACGUCAUACUGGGUUCCGCUAAACCCCCGACCCCCACAGUAGAGGCCCCGCCGUCAUCUAGCAGCAGCUCUGAAGCUUUCCCAGCCCCAGUCCCAGCCCCGGCUCCCGCCCCUGCCAAGACUGCGGAGAAGACCAAGACAGAACAGGCUGCUCCUAGACUGCUGCAGGAGAAUCAGCUGUUACUGCAGUAUCUUACCUUGUAUAUCAUCAGUGAGAAUAGUGAGAACGAUGCCAAAGAAGAUGUAGCAGUGACUCUGCUAGAAGCUCUGAUCCCCAUUGGCUCUCAGUUGCUGUCCACAGCCGAGGGUGUCGGGUUCAAGGAGUUGAUGGUUGUCAUGGCAACACUGGCAGAUGCAGGCUCUGGUCGAGGACAUCUACAGCUGUUUAUGGCUGCUGUGCAAUGGCUCGACAUUUGCAAGCAGAACCUGUGCAACAAGGAUGUACUGACCCAGCUGGAGGCUAGCUCAGUGGCUGCAGGCUCCAUGGUCGAGGCUACCUGCUACAUAGUCAACUACACUAGUGAUGUGAUCAGCGCGUUGUGUCCCACGGCUGGCGGUCGGGCCUCCUCACCCCCCUGGGACGGGGACACUCUCCCUCCCUCUGACCUGGACACUGACUGGAUGGACGAGUUGGGACACGAUGAUGAUGAGGAGAGUGGCGGAGAUGAUUCGGAUGAGGACAGUCUAUGCAACAAGUUGUGCACAUUCACCAUCACCCAGAAGGAGUUCAUGAACCAACACUGGUACCACUGUCACACGUGCAAGAUGGUGGACAGUGUUGGUGUGUGCACUGUGUGUGCUAGAGUGUGUCAUCGCAACCACGACGUCACCUACGCCAAGUACGGCAACUUCUUCUGCGACUGCGGUGCCAAGGAGAACAGCUCUUGUCAGGCUUUAGUGAAGCGAAGCCCACAACUGCAGCAAGAUAAUCUGCCUGGCCAGACUUCUUCCACCACCAACACCGGCAACAUGGGCAUGGAGCUGACUAGCUCUCUGAGGCGCAGACCUUCCUCCCCUACCUUGCCUGAGAGAGGGGGAGAGCCUCGUAGUCUACCUAGAGACAAACACAGGAUAGCUACACUGGCCAAGCAGCUGGAUGUGUUCUCCGAGACACUGACCAGUAUGAUAUGGAAGGAGGGCAGCAUCAUCAGCCCACUGCUGGAGCUGCUGCAGAGUCUCAUGCCUGCUGUGGAGGCUGCGUGCACCAGACAAUCACCUGUAGGGUGCUACCAUAGAGCACAAUCUGCAUUAGAACAGCUACACUCACUGGACAAGAAGUUUGAGACCACGGAUCAACUCAUGGUGCCAACACUAGGCUCACAAGAAGGUGCAUUUGAGAAUGUCAAAAUGAACUACACCGGGGACCAAGGACAGACUAUCAGACAGCUGUUGUCAGCUCAUAUGAUCAGAAGAGUGGCCAUGUGCUGCCUGUCGUCUCCCUACGGCAAGCGUCAACACUUGGCAGUAUCUCAUGAGAAGGGCAAGAUCACCGUGUUGCAAUUGAGUGCUUUGCUGAAGCAGGCCGACUCAUCUAAGCGCAAGUUGACUCUCACCAGGCUCGCAUCAGCACCAAUACCAUUCACAGUACUGAGUCUCACAGGCAACCCGUGGAAUGAGGACUUCCUGGCAGUGUGUGGACUAAGGGACUGCCAUGUACUGACGUUCCAUCCGUGUGGCUCAGUGGGAGAACACCUGGUACUCCACCCUCAGCUAGAGACGGGCAACUUCAUCAUCCGUGCCAUCUGGCUGCCUGGCGCACAGACCGUGCUGGCGCUAGUCACUGCUGACUUUGUCAAGAUCUAUGACCUGGGCAAGGAUGUGCUCAGUCCCCAGUACUACUUCCUGGUGCCCACAGGCAAGAUACGAGACGUCACCUUCAUCUGCCCUCAGGAUGAGAAGCCCACAAUGUUGCUGAUGUCGUCUACUGGGUACAUCUACAGUCAGGACAUGGACGAUGACAGCUCAGCCAAGCAUGGACCUUUCUAUGUGACCAACACUUUGGAUGUGUCGCAUCCAGAGAUCAAGGAUGUGAACGGCAGUGUGUGUGCGGGCGGAGUGUCCGUCUACUACUCCCACACGCUGCAGCUGUUGUUCUUCAGCUACGUGCAGGGCAAGAGCUUCAUCGCCCCAGUCAAGGCCCGGGACAGCGCGCUGGGGCCUGUGUUUCACAUACAGCUCAGCAGGCCAGCCACCACGACGCCGUCAGGGAAAGCCAACAACGCAACAUCCGGACAGCCGCAGCCUCUGUGUCAGUGGAGCGAGGUGCCUAACCAUCCGGGGCUGGUGUGCUCCGUCAUGCAGACUAGCAACAACCCUGUGAUACUGAUGGUGAAGCCAGACACAGUGUUGAUACAGGAGAUCAAGGUAGUGCCAGUGAAGGCAAAGAUCAUGGACACUGUGGCCAUCAGACACCCGUCAUCAGGGUCUGACCAUCGCACCACGCUCAUACUGCUGUGUGAGGACGGCAGUCUGCGCAUAUACAUGGCCGCCAUGGACCACACAGGAUACUGGCUGUCUCCUGCAAUUCAACCCAUCAGCACUAUGUCUAAUCUAAAAUCUUCUAAGAAGAAGAAAACACCUAAAGUGAACAAAUCUCCAGGCGCAGUCACUUUUCCCGUGGACUUUUUUGAGCACAGUACUUUGCUCAAUGACGUAGAGUAUGGAGGAAACGAUCUUCUCCAGAUAUACAACGCUCAACAGAUCAAGAAUAGACUCAAUACUACAGGCAUGUAUGUUGUGUCAACAAAGUCCACUGGUUUCAACAUUGAAAUCACCAACAAUGACGGGACGCAGGUCAUCACUGGCAUUAGAGUUCUGCUCGGCAACCAAGAUGUUCAACGAGUUCCAGGAUAUAUUGAGGUAUGUGGACGCACCACACAGACUGCAGUAGCUCGCAACAGGUGGUUUGACUUGCCUUUGACUCGAGAGGAGAGCUUGCAAGCUGACAAGAAACUGACUGUCACCUUCGGCCCUUCGCAAGACCCCGAGGGAGUCACAAUGGUAGACUCUAUUAAAGUCUAUGGAAAGUCCAAGGACCAGUUUGGCUGGCCGGAGGAGACAGAGGAGGUAACCAGCAACACAGUAGUGCCAACCCCAGCAACUGCUGGCACCUCGGCUGAGACUACUGACACUGCUACCAACUUCCCACCUACCAUCACGUCUCUUGACAAGGUGGUGUGUGGUAUACUGGAGGUGUUGGACAGCACUAUACUACUCAUGAGUGGAGAUCAGCAGAGCAAGGUGCCAGUGUCUACCCUCACUUCACUGGUGUCUUACUUGCUGAUCCUGCCUACAGCUUCCUGUGUACAGCGACAUGUCAAGUCUGUACUGGCCGCACUGCAUCCCACACGACAGUCGUACCACAACUACAAGGACCAGGUGUUACUUAGUUUCAUAUCCAAGUCGCUGGCACAGCUGCGUCAGGUAGAGAACGCCAAGGACCUGGACGCUGAGGCGUUCUACCGCCUGGUGCUUAUGACCAGAGCAAUUGCUGUCACCAGACCUCAGAAUCUGGCCAAGAACGCUACGUACGAGAGUUCAUCAGACUCUCAAAACAAAGGACCAGAGAACUCCAAAGAGCUGCUGCACCAGUUGACAGAGAUUAUGUGGAAGCUACAUGCAGUGAGACCUGCAAACCCUGCACUUGCGUCUGUCUGUAUACCAGGUCUGACCCACGUGGAGGCCACUAUACACUGCAUCGUAGAGAUGAUCCACUCAUACACUCUAGUAGACGGAAGUGACAGCACUGUCUCACUGGCCGUCAAGCUAUACCUAGCACUGCUGUUGUGUCCAGACACGACAGUCAGCUUCAGCGCCAAGCAGGCGUUCAUACGAGUAUUGCGGCCGAGACUCAAGCGACGCAGGGUGUUCAUCCCCUCCCCACCACACUGCAGCACGCCAGGUCAGCUCGGAGCUGCAGAGUCAGAGAAGGCAGGUCCUGUGUCUCAACCGUCACAAGAGUCCUCGGAGGCGGACCAGGCACACUUUGAGGUGGAUGCUGUGGAGCCCAUGGUGCUGCUGGGCGGAGGCGCUGUAGCUGGAGGUAGUGUGCCGGUCAACAUGCAGGUGCUGUUGGGAGCUGCAGGGUUCGCUCCUUUGCUUGAUAUCCCUCCUGAUGCGGACGACGAGACCAUGGUAGAGCUGGCUAUAGCUCUGAGUCUACAGGACCAUGAGGGUGCGGCCAAUCUGCAGAGUAUCACACAUGGGUUAGCAAACCUGCAUAACCUGGCGGGGCCUGCACUAGAGGUGCUGGCCACUCAGGGCCUAGCCCAGGUACCAAACCCUGCAGGCACCAGUCAGGAGGCCGGCCACUACAGUGACACCACGGCCAGCGCAGGUGCUAGUGAUGAUGAGGGCUCUACAGCAGCGACUGAUGGUAGCACACUACGCACUUCUCCUGCUGAACAGGGAGGCAGUGAGAGUGGUGGCAGUGGUGUAGACAGCAUCACUGGAGAACACAACUACAGCAUGUCCGGUCGCAGCUCAGCCUACGGAGACAACAUACAAGAGAACCUGGUGGGGGCUAGGAGUGAAACGAGCUCUUUGGGCGCUCCUGCUGGCUUCCAGAACCAAGAGCCAGAUGGCACUGAGGUGGAAGCUGAGGUAGAGACGGAGGGAGGCAUCAAGCUGCAUGACCUCAGACUCAGCAUCCUGGAGAAGCUGAUACAGUUUGUACCCAAGCUGACUGAAGUGGGCGGCGUCAGAGCAAUACCCUUCAUGCAGGUUGUGCUGAUGUUGACGUCAGACCUGGAUGGUAACGAGGAGCGUGAUCGUGCAUGUCUAGAGAACCUGUUGACAGCUGUGAUUGGUGAACUGUCCAUGCGUAGUCCUGACAUGUCCGACGUCUGCAAGAGAACGCCUCAGAGAGAGGUGCACCUGGUCAUCAUGCGACUGAUCAGUGUUCUAAUGUCCAGAUCCAAGUCCAGCAGCAAGUUCAACACAGACAACUGUGGCUUCAUCUCUCAAGUGACAGCCAGGAUGUUACAACAGGCUGGAGUCAUCGACUACUGUCUACAGCUGCUCAAGCAGUUCCUUUCCUUCUGGAAGGCGAGUGGAGGUGAGGAGUCGUCAGGCACUGUAGGCGGGGGAGUGUUGAAGCCUCACCUGAACAUGUCUCCGCCUGACAUGUCCCCGUUCUUCCUCAAGCAGUAUGUCAAGGGCCACAGCAACGAUGUGUUCAAAGACUACCCCCAGCUACUGACUGAGAUGGCGCUGAGGCUGCCCUACCAGGUGCAGAAACACUCCUGCUCACUCAUCACAUUCGAACAGGCCUGGUUCUACUUUUUGUGCGAGUACAUGAUGACCCAGCAGGCUCCGUUUAUAAGACGACACGUUCGCAAACUGCUUCUGUUCAUCUGUGGCACCAAGGAGAAGUAUCGACAACUCAGAGACCUGCACUCCCUUGGCUCUCAUAUCAAGGCUGUACAGCAGUGUUGUGACAACGGAGGGUUCUCUGUUGGAGGGAGUCAUCCGUUCAGUCUCAGCUUGUCCUAUGAUGCCCUAGUAGAGCUGAUAGAACACCUCAAGGCCUGUGUGGAGGUAGCGUCCUCACGCAUCAUCAACUGGCAACUCUACUGUCUGAGACACGAAACCAUCCUGUCGUUCCUGCUGCAGGUAAGCUGUCUGUUGGACGAGGUUGUGGCUCAAACCAUCCUACAACUGCUCCAGUGUGCCAUCUGUCCAGUAAUACCUCAGGCUAGCCAGAGUGAUAAGUCAGCCAAGAACGGCAACACUACAGGCAGCAGUGGCAGUGGCAGUGGCAAUGGUAGUGGCAGUGGAAGCGGAGGAGGCAGCAAGACAGAGAAGGAGGCUACCACAGAGACAAGUGAAGAAACCACCAACUGUGCAGCUCUGGUCAAACAGCUUAACAAGUGUGUGGAGAGAGAUCUGCUGACAAGGUUCAUCCGUACGUUCCUGCUGGACACCAACAACACCAACAUCCGCUGGCAGGCUCAUGCAUUGGUCGUGGCUAUAUACAAAAACUCAGACAAGGCAGAGCAGGAGACAGUGCUGGACUUGAUGUGGUCGCUGUGGCCCAACCUGUCCACCUACGGUCGCAAGGCUGUACAGUUCGUAGAUCUGCUGGGCUACUUCUCCAUCAAGUGUACCAGUGUCUCAGCCAAGAUGAACGAGUAUAUAGAGCAAGCGGUCGGCGUGCUGCACAAUCAGAACCAGCUGUUGUCCCAUCACCCCAACGCCAACCUGUACACUCACCUAGCGCAGUACGUGGAGCUGGACGGGUUCUAUCUGGAGAGUGAGCCGUGCCUGGUGUGUAACAACCCUGAGGUGCCGUUCUCUAGCAUCAAACUGUCCAGCAUCAAGAUUGACUCCAAGUUUACUACGACCACCCAGAUAGUGAAGCUAGUGGGAAGCCACACAAUCAGCAAGAUCACACUCCGCAUCGGAGACCUGAAGCGCACCAAGAUGGUUCGGACGAUCAACAUUUACUACAACAACAGGACUGUCCAGGCAGUGGUCGAGCUCAAGAACAAACCAGCAAUGUGGCACAAGGCCAAGAAAGUGUCUGUGGUAAGCGGCCAGACAGAGGUGAAGAUUGAGUUUCCGCUGCCGAUAGUCGCCUGCAACCUGAUGAUAGAGUAUGCGGACUUCUACGAGAACCUGCAAGCCUCAUCGGAGAGUCUGCAGUGCCCCAGGUGCAGCAGCUCUGUGCCAGCCAACCCCGGAGUGUGUGCAAACUGCGGCGAGAACGUGUUCCAGUGUCACAAGUGUCGAGCUAUAAAUUAUGAUGAGAAGGACCCGUUCCUGUGCCACGCCUGUGGGUUCUGCAAGUACGCCAAGUUUGACUACACUCUGACUGGCCGACCGUGUUGUGCCGUUGACCCCAUAGAGAAUGAUGAGGAUCGCAAGAAGGCCAUUGCUACCAUCAACAGUCACUUGGAGAAGGCUGACAGAGUGUACAAACAGCUUGUUGGGAAUAAACCAACGCUUGAGAUGCUGCUGGUGAAGAUCAGUGAGCACAGACUAGAGAGAAGCAGUGACGAGGCCAACACACAAACAGGCAACUCUACAGCUGUAGUCAACCAGGUGAACAGAGCCAUACAGCUGCUGGCCCAGCGCUACUGCGGUGACUGCAAGAACUCAUUUGAUGAGCUCAGCAGGAUCAUACAGCGAGUACACGCCUGCAGACGAGAGCUGGUAGCGUACGACCGGCAGCAGCUGGAGCAGUCACGUGGAGGUCGUAGUGGUGGCAGUGGAGCCAGUGGGAGCCGUCACGACAGUGCGGCCACCACGACAGCCGCAGGUCGCUGCUACGGAUGUGCCAGUGCCGCUACUGAACACUGCCUCACUCUGUUGCGAGCCCUCGCAGUAACGCCCAGCAGUCGCAAGAUAUUGUGUGCCCAGGGACUGAUACAGGAGCUGGUGGAGUUCAACUUGCGCAAGGGAACCGUUCAGGUGCAGGAGGAGGUCCGUCAGCUACUGUGCAUGGUGACCAGAGACAACCCUGAGGCGACAGAGUCCCUGUGUUCCCUCAUCAUGGAGCGUAUAUCAGUGACUAUGAGAGGUCAUGGCACAGUGGACCUGGGCUACUCUGUGAGACCUGAGAUAGCUCUACUGGCAGCUCUCAUACAGAAGGAGGACUCUUGCUGGGAGCUCAAGCUGAGGUCGGUGAUGCAGCUGUUCUUGAUGGCCAGCAAAGAUAACAAGUCACCUGUAGUGAUGGAGUCUGUGUUGUUGCCUUGUCUCAAGAUACUGCAGAGUCUGAUCAAGCCAGACCAACCUGGCUCCAAGAAGAACAAGGAUAAGACAUUGGAUGCUUUAGCCACAUUGAGACCUACGGAAGGAGUUCACAUUGACCGCAACAAAUGGUUAGAGAGAGACCCGAACCACACCUUUGAUGCUUGGAGAAGGAGAAUGUACUCCAAGGAUGCAGAAAUACCUCCUGCCAAACCCACCUCUAAGGAGGAGGUGCGAGCGCACUACAUGAUGGAGAAGUACGCCAAGCGGUGGAGAGAGCGCACCAUCAGUCCUGUGCAGCCACUGAGUCUCACUGACUCGGCGUGGCUCAAGAGUGUUCUGUUCAACUCCAGCUCUCGGCUAGCAAGGCAGGUCGCAUGUAACAUGCUUGAGAGCAUCUGCCAAGUUCCUGUGCGCAAGAAAGAGAUGCUAGACCUGUUGACUGGAUUCCUGGCAGAGCUAGGAGUGGCUGGUGAGAGUGCUGCAGAGUUUCUUUCCCUGUACCAGAGCCUGGUGCAACAAUCCCCGUGGAAACAGUAUCUGGCUGUCAAGGGGGUGCUGAUGUACCUCGCUGAGCUACUGACCAGAGAGAUUCAGGAACUUCACAGGCUAGAGGAGACAACACUCACCUCAGAUUUGGCUCAAGGCUAUGCCUUGAAGAUGCUGACUGAGCUGAUGGCCUCGUUCCUGGAGCAGGACAGUAUCAAGCAGCUGUACAAGGGACGGCUGGUGGGAGCAGUGCUCAACGGCUACCUGUCUCUGCGGAGACUAGUGGUGCAACGGACCAGACUCAUUGACGAGACACAGGAGAAACUGUUGGAACUGUUGGAGGAGAUGACUACAGGUACAGAGGCUGAGACCAAAGCGUUCAUGGCCAUCUGCAUAGAGACGGUGGAGAAAUGCAGCCAGGACGAUGUGAGGACUCCGGUGUUUGUGUUUGAGAGGCUCUGCUCCAUCAUCUACCCAGAAGAGAAUGACGUGGGAGAGUUCUACCUGACUCUGGAGAAGGAUCCUCAACAGGAAGACUUCUUGCAGGGCCGAAUGUUGGGCAACCCUUACAGCAGCAAUGAGCCUGGCUUAGGACCUCUGAUGAGAGAUGUGAAGAACAAGAUCUGUCAGGACUGUGAGCUGGUGGCCUUGCUAGAGGAUGACAACGGUAUGGAGUUGCUGGUCAACAACAAGAUCAUCAGUCUAGACUUGCCAGUCAGAGAGGUGUACAAGAAGGUGUGGGUGGCGGAGGGAGGAGAAGGUGAGGUGAUGAGAGUUGUCUACCGUAUGAGAGGUCUGCUGGGAGAUGCAACAGAGGAGUUUGUGGAAACAUUGACAGCCAAGAGUGAGCAAGAAGUGGACAACGAGGAGGUCUACAAGAUGGCCAAUGUUAUGGCUGACUGUGGGGGAUUGCAGGUGAUGUUGAAGAGACUAGCCAACAUCAAUGACACGAGCAGGUCCAGGUCACUGCUACAAGUACUGCUGAAGCUGUUGUGUCUAUGUGUCAAAGUAAAGCGCAACGUAGAGGUGCUGAUCAGACCUGAGCUAGGCACCGUCACAGCACUACUCAACAUCCUACAGCUGUGUCUGGCCGAUCCUACGCAGACUGCGCUCACUCAGCAGAUACUUGAUGUGAUGGAAACAGUGUUGUCGAAGGUGUCACUGUUGUCCCAAGAGGAGCUCAGCAGGUUUGCCACUACACUAGGUGGCCCUGAACACAUCAGGUCACUGCUGGAGAUGACAGAGACCUGUGUCAAUGUCCGUACCAACUCCACACUCCUACACCAUCUGACCACUGUGUUGGCAGCACUCACCUACGGUAAUCAAGACAAGAUGGCUGUCCUCAUCGACCACUUCCAGCCUUACCCAUUAGACUUCAACCGUUUCGACCUGGAACACACACCAGACAACGAACAAAAGAUGGAGUUGUUCUGUAACCUUACAGCUGGCAUUGACCACACACCUCUUGGAAAUACACUUAAAGAUCACAUCGUCUCCCUGGGUAUUGUGGAUAAAGCUCUGGAGUAUGUUUCGAUGCACGCUCCACCAGUCAAGCCUUCACUGAUGAGAGCAGACAGUGAUGAGUGGAAGGAGUACAUCUCUAAACCUUCACUCAAGUACAUCCUUCGUCUGCUCACUGGCCUGGCCACCCAGCACGAGCCUACACAGUUGGCUGUGGCGGCAGAAUGUAUUCCUAUCAUCCACCGACUGGAGCAGGUGAGUUCAGACGAACAUGUCGGCUCACUAGCAGAGAACCUGUUGGAGGCUCUACGUACCAACACAGGUGUGGCCAACCGUAUAGAAGAGGUGCGCGAGCAGACACGGGCCGAGAAGAAGCGGCUGGCCAUGGCGAUGAGAGAGAAACAGCUGGGGGCUCUGGGCAUGAGGACCAACGACAAGGGACAGGUGACUGCAGAAAGCAAUAUUCUGCAGCAGAUUGAAGACCUCGGAGAAGAGACAGGGCUCGUGUGUGUUAUCUGCAGGGAAGGCUACAAAUUCCAGCCUGGCAAGGUGUUGGGUAUCUACACGUACACCAAGCGUUGCAAUGUGGACGACGCUGAGACUAAGGCUCGCAAGACCAUCGGCUACAGCACGGUGACUCACUUCAACGUGGUUCAUGUAGACUGCCACAUGAAUGCUGUCCGACUGGCGCGUGCCAGAGACGAGUGGGAGUCAGCGGCUCUACAGAACGCCAACACCCGGUGCAACGGACUACUACCACUGUGGGGUCCUCAGGUGCCAGAGUCAGCCUUCGCCAGUUGUCUGGCUAGACACAACACCUAUCUACAGGAGUGCACUAGUCACAGAGACAUCAGCUACGUGUCCACGGUUCAUGAUCUCAAACUGCUGCUGUUGAGGUUCGCGCAGGAGAAGAGCUUUCACGAGGAUGCUGGAGGUGGUGGACCGCAGUCCAACAUGCACCUCAUACCCUACCUGCUGCACAUGGCGCUGUAUGUGAUCAACACGACACGAUGUGGCAGUAGAGAAGAGAAGAACCUCAACACCUACCUGGAGUGUGCCGCUACAGAACGGUGGAUAGAGUCUAGCUACGAGGCGGAGGGUCCACUGUACUGGGCCACGCUGUCUCUGUGUCUACACUCACCUGGGCGCUGGCGUGUGACUCGCCUGGCACACCUGCGUCGUCUGCUAGUGCUGGCUCAUGUGAGACACUCAAGCGCACACACCAUCACAGACCCUGCGCCUGCUGACUACAGUGUCUACAAGAGCACACUGGUCUUCUUCGGUCUGGUGGACAUCAUAUACAAGCAGUACUUCAAGGGUAUCUCAGUAAGCAGUGAGGAGCAAUGGCCUACCACUCUGGCAGACUACAUCAGACACAAUGACGAGACUCUGCUCAAGUGUUCUGAGAGACUGAUGGCUGCCUACACAGACGAGCUGUUGCCUGCCACGUCCUUCGAGGAGAUAUGCGACGUCCUUGGUUUCCUGAACGAAAUCACUGAUCCUUCAACCUACAUCAAGGACAUCCUGACUGGUCUAAUCUCUUAGAAAAAUUCACCUAGAUGCAAACUUAUCACUUAAGAGUUUUGAAAUUUUUAUAAUUUGGGCUGUUCUUACAGAUUUUCAUGUGUGGUUUGUUAAAAAGAAUUGUAUUAAGCUUAUUAUCUUAUUCUUAAUAAAUUAUUAU